GCUCCAAGAUGGCAGCUUCCACGGCAUCACAAUUUCUGAGGAUGUGGAGCAUGUUAUUACUAUUUUUCGCCUGUUUCUCAUCAAUCGUUCCAUGUGGUUCCUGUGAAAGGACAAUAAAACUUGUACAUUUGUUGUAUCGUCACGGGGAUAGAUCUCCUGUAAAAGCAUAUCCAAACGAUAAUUACACAGAAGACACAUGGCCCCUUGGUUUUGGACAGCUUACUGAGAACGGAAUGGCCCAACAUUACGACCUUGGACAAUGGUUAAGGAAACGAUACGUGACGGACCUCAAACUGUUUGAUGGUACCUACCGGCCGAAGCAGUUCUACGUUCGGAGCACCUCGAAAGAACGGACCAUCAUGUCGGCACAGUCCAACCUGCAGGGAUUCUUUCCUGUUGCUUCGGAGGGAAGGGAGUCGUCAACUCUGUGGCCACCAGUGCCUGUCUUUUCCACAGUAAAUACGGGGCAGGACUAUCUGCUUCAUCCAACCAAACUUGAAGGAUGUGACACAGCAAGUGAUUUCUUUCAGUACGUAGAGAACUGUCCAGCCAAGCAAAAAUAUAUAAAAGAUAAUCAGACUUUCUUUGAUAGAAUUCAAAAGAAUGCUGGGUUUUCUGAUGAUGUAGUGUUUAGAAACUUCUCUACUCUUGCAGAUACAUUACUAAGAGAGAAAAGAGACGGAAGAAAAUUACCAGACUGGGUAGACGAUGAGACGUUCAACCGAUUAAAAGCUACGUUGGAUUUUGCCUUUGAAGUAGAGUACUCCAACAUGACAACAGAUGAAAAAAGAAUUAAUUCGGGUGUUUUAUUAACAGAGAUGGUUGGGAAUAUGAAGGCUCAUUUAAACCAAACAAACGUUGAUAGUAGGAUAUUUAUGUACUCAGCGCAUGAUACAACCGUUGCACCAUUUUUAGGAAUGUUUGGCGUCUUCAAUAAUGUAAUCCCUCCUACUGCAUCCUGCAUAAUGGUGGAAUUAUACAGAGAAGACGAUGGUUCACAUACGGUGCAAUUAUUAUUUAGGAAUGACACUUCAAAGCCACCGUACGUCCUCAAGUUCCUCGAUUGCAACGAGGUAUGCCCUGUCGAAAACUUUUUCCACAUUGCAUCGCCUUUCCUGGUCGAUGACAUCGACGCGAUGUGCAGGAGAAAACCGCCUUCAUUGCCUCUUCACGUUGAAUGGAAUAUAGGUUGGAUGUUAGCAGCAAGUACCUUGGCUUUUGCAGCCCUGCUUCCUUUUAUUGCCUGUGUGAUACUCACUUGUGGCGUCGGUGGGCGUCGCCGUUUACAUAACUCCAAGAAACGCAUGGAACCCAUCAACUUCCACCUCCUGGGCGGCAACAACAGCGAGUCGGAAGACGAGAGCGUGUUUGACACAUGACCCCACGUCAAGGAGUAGAUAUAGUCUUGUGAUCGUUCGUCAAAGUAUUUUCUGUUUUUAUUUAUUCAUGCUGAAUAUCGCACUGACUACAAAGAUGUGAUCAUAUGUGACUAAAUAUGUGCUUUUCCAGAGCAUUAAUCUUUUUUUUAUAUAAAGUCUAUAAGAAUCAACUAUUUAUUCACACCCUGGUCACAAAGAUGUGAUCAUCUGCAACAAAAUAUGUGUUUCUCCUGCGCAUUUAUCUUUUUAUAAGGUCUACAAGAAUCCACCAUUCUUAAAAUUUUCAGCUUUUUUUGUUGUUGCAACAUCGCUGCAUUUAAUAGAUGCAGAAAUCUUCUGCGAUGAUUUAUGUACAAAUCCAUAGCUAUCAUUUUUUUUUUUUGGAUAAAGGUUUAUAAGAAUCAACCAAUCCUAAAAUUGGCAGCUUUUUCGUUGUUGCAACAUUGCUGCUUUAGAUGCAGAAAUCUUCUUGAUGAUUUAUGUACAAAUCCAAAGCUAUCAUUUUUUUUUGUAUAAAGGUCUAUAAGAAUCAACCAAUCCUAAAAUUGGCAGCUUUUUUGUUGUUGCAACAUUGCAUCAAUAAGAUGCAUAAAUGUUCUGUGUUAAUUUAUGUAUAUGUUCUAUCCCUGAGCUGUCUUUAAAAAAAAAUUAUCUUCAAGAAUCAGUUUUUCCUUAAAUUGGCAAUAUUUUUGUUGUUGUAACAUUGCUGCAAUAGAUGCAUAAAUCCACUGUGAUAAUUUAUUUACAUGUUCAAUCCCUGAGCUGUCUUUUUUAAAAAUUAUCUUCAAGAAUCAGUUGUUCCUUAAAUUGGCAAUAUUUUGGUUGUUUCAGCAUUGCUGUGUUGCAGAAAUCCUCUGCCCACAAAUGUGUGUGUCAUAUCACAUGACAAUUUUUUUUUAAAGGUCAACAAGAAAUGGGGGUUCCUCAGGUAUGUUGCAACAUUCUUUCAAUGGUUGCAGAAAUAUUUUAGAAAUAAUAUGUACUUUCCCAUACUAGUCUUUUUUUUCAAAGGUCUACAAGAGUCAGUUCCUCCUGCAUUGAUAUUGUAGGGGGUAAUUAUUUUCGGCCCCUUACAUACAUGGAGUUGGAAAUAGGCACUCCAUGCAAGUUUGGACUAAAGUCAGAUUCGAUCUAUGCUAUGAGAUAACCAAUAAUUACCCUCAACUUCAAUUUUCACAACUUAAAACAUGAGAAUAAGAAGAUCUUCUGAAUUACAAAGUAAGAUCGAAAUCAUCAAAUAUCAUUUACCAUCAAUAGAUAAUAGGUCAUUUGAUUAGUUUUCAAAAUAAGUAAUCAUGAUUUUCAUUUUCACCCUGCAUGGCCAAUUUAGAGGGAAUUUAGUGAUUAGUUUUUUUAUUAAGUUAGUCACACUCAGGAAUAGUGUAAUAUGCAGCAGCAUCGAUAGAGUAUUUUUUUGUGUAAUUUGCUCUUCCAUCAAUUUUACCAUUUAAAUUUAUGUAUUUUUGGUAACAGAUAUAUAUAAUGCAUAAGCCUUUGCUGCACUGUCUUUACAACUUUCACAACCCUGAUCUGUUUGAUUUAUCAGAUUUGUGAAGAGCUGGAUGCAUAAUAUUUAUUUAUUUUUCAUUAAAAGAUAUUUUUUGUCCGGGGCUUAUUGAUGAACUUCUACCUCCAAGCAUGGAUCCGCCGCCUCUUGAUCCUCAAAAGAAUAGGGUCAAGUGACUGUACAUUGCCACAUGGUGUGAACAGGCUUCAUCUUAUUUCUGUAGGUCUCGUUCCUCAUGGUCUAAUCUUAAAGCUAAAUGAAAGUAGUUGCAGUAAAACACUGAUUUCGUGAGAAAGUCUGUAAAACCAAGGUUAAGUAUUACUAUAUCAUCGUGGAUCUAGAUCUGGUGCAGUUACAUAAACUGAACUUUGUGAAAUCAUAAAAUCUAAGCUGAAAAACGAUCACACUGAAGAUCGCCAACACAGAUAGGCACACAUGGGACAGUGUAUUUUAUUAUUGUUGGAAUAAAGAACCGAUGGAAGUGCCAGAAUCUGCGCUUAUUUUGCUUAUUUCUCAGCAAUUAAACAAUUUCUUCCAGAAUCCUUUGGCACAUACAUGUAUUUUUUAUUCAUACAAACAGACACUUGGGUGGUCAUUAUAGUGGAUUCUGUAAAAAGUCAUUUUGAGAUCGUGACCACAACUGGCAUUUAUCUUUAAUAUGUCCUUGUUAUGAAUGAAGAAAGGUUUCAUGCUGCACAUGUCAGCGGUGUCAACAUCCUUUGUGUGAUGGCUAUUCCAUCAUCUGUUGGCACAAACCGAAAAAGAAGACAGUAUUGUGUGUGAAUUAAAUGAAUAUUCAUGAUGUAGCUGGAAGGACCAUGUGCACAUGUGCUCGGGGGAAAAAAAAAGGAUUUUUUUAUUCACAAGUAGAAGAGAGAUUGGUUAAAGUUGGGAGCGUUGCAGCAAAAGGAAAGAUAAAAGCAGGCAUUUUUUUUGUUAGAUUGGCAAAAAUUUGAACAUGUACAGAAUUUCUUCCAGACUUUCCUGAUCAGUUAACAUCUUCAUGGAGUAAAAAAAUUAUUGAAUUUUGUUUUCUUUCUUAAUGAACAUUAUUACAUACCGUUCACCAACUAGGAUUAACCCAAAAUCAGUAAAGCAAACAAAUUAAAAUGAAAAAUAAUCAAAAAAAUCAUUAAAUGAUAAUUUGAACUUCCUUUCACUUUUUACAUAAGUACAGAGAUGAGUUAUUUUUGGCAUGACAUUGUCUCACAAAAAGUCUUAUGGUGUCAAAAUGCUAUCCCCACAUAUACAUCACAAAUGUCAUCUCAAACACAUUCAUGAAGUUUCAUGAAGUUUCUACUUAUUUUGUAAUGAUGAAUCUGAUUUAUUGAAAUUGAUAUUGAGUAAGAUAUGAAUUAGUAUUAUAUUACAAGUUUGUAAGUAAAUUCUAAUCAUUUCAGGAUUAUGUGAAUGACUUGCUAUCAAUCUCGGGUCACAUUUUACUGAUAUUUUUUCUUUUUAUAUGAUUAAUUUGGGUGCAAAUAUCAAUUCAACAAUUGGUUCUAGGGAUAUCUGUAUAACAUUUCUUCUGGCAUUUAAUCUUUGUUUCUUUUGUAAAGAACAAUAUUUAGUAUAGGAAUUUUCAUAUUUUGUACAAAUAAUCAAGUGGAUUGUAAUUUGGGAUGUGAAUUUCAUGGAUUGGUUUGUAGUUUAUUUUACAGUACACUGUUCUGAAAUAAGUUUGAAUGCCAAUAAUAAUGAUAUUCCGCAUUUAUAUAGCGCUUAACACAUCUGAACGACGUCUCUAAGCGCUUUGCAGAUAUAUUAUUACCCCGGUCAUCGGAUCCUUGCAUGCCCGCAUACAAUGUAUGCACCUUCUCCACUCCCUGGGGAGCAUUCCAACAAGAGUUCCAAGACUCAAUUGCUAGGCAUACUACAUAGGCCUUCGCAUCCUACCGGGUACCCAUUUAACACCUGGGUGGAGAGUGGCAAAUUGUGGAUUGACGCCUUGCCAAAGGACGCUAGGCCAUGGUGGGAUUCGAACACACGACCCUCUGAUUACAAGGCGAGAGUCAGAACCGCUACACCACGGCGCUUCCACCGUGCUAGGUUCUAGUCUUCCAGGGAUGGUUUCACAAAGUGUUAGUGUGACUUAGAGUCACAUGAUUUGUUGUGUCUUAGUUGUGAUUUGUCCAGUACACUUAGAGCUUUGUGAAACACUUCCUUGGUUAACUUUCCAAGCGGACGGCUCACCUGGCAAUGUUAAGAAUAGUUGUCCUAGAGAGAAUUGCCUUUACGGUGGGCGUUGUGGUCUAGUGAUUCAGAUUCUUUCAAUUUGAAGGACGUGGGUUUGAUUUCCUUCAGCAAGAAAUUUAUCCACAUUGUGCUGCACUCAACCCAGGUGAGGUAAAUGGGUACCGGGAGGAAGUAAUUCCUCAAAAUGCUUUCACUGGAAUCGGUAGACUAGCUUAGCCGGGGGUAAUAUAGGAGCGCCUUGAGCACCUAGCAAGGAGGAUACCUGCGCUAUACAAAUCCUAUAUUAUUUAUUUAUUUUCAGUAAAGACAUCUUUUGGGACGACUUGCCCUUGAUUUAUUAAAGUAAAGCUGGGAUUGAAAAAAAAAAUGUAUAAAAACUCUGGAAUCAUGAAUAUGAUAAAUAAGAAUGAUAAAUGAAAUAGUAUUAAAUUUUUUUUUUGUGAUUGUUUCUAUUAGAGGUUAGAAUUCAAAUACUUUUUUUUCUGGACAAUAAAAUUUUAGGUCCUAUGGCAAGUCAAUAUGUAAGGAUAGUAUUACUUGUGUGACGAUCUGAAAUUCAAAUUAGAAUUAUUCAUUAAAUCGAGGGGCUAUGUGCAAUUGCUCAUUAUAUGUACAGUACUGAUGAAAAUUGUAUUAUAUGAUUCAGGAUUAGAAGUUUUGUUUGUAUCCUGUUUACUUUCCAUUUAAAUGAACAUAAAACUAUCAAUCAAUGUAGAAAGAACUUUAAAAUACAAAUAAAAUGGUGUAUUAUUUU